UCUUUUAAUCACAACGAUGUGGGCUCGGAUAAUUCUAACGUUUCUGGUGACAGUAGCCACUUUGCAAGCAACAAUCCAAGCCGACUCCGUAGGCCAGGAAUGUGGGAUAUUCAAUGAAAAGCAGUACAAGAGUGACAAUAUUGUUGCGGAGCCUACCGAGCAUCCGUGGGUUGGACGGAUCGUAACAGCAAAUAAGGAUGGCACCAACCAAUUGCUCUGCGUUGGCAUCCUUAUAGAUUCCAGACGCGUUGUGACAGCAGCUCAUUGUGUUUUAAAUGAAAACUCGGAAGACAUUUAUGGCGUUGUUUUUGGGGACUCGGACUACAGCAACCACAAUCUUGUCAGCGCGGUCAGCGUCCAUCCAGACUACACACCUAAGAAAUUCGAAAACGACUUGGCCAUUAUAGAGCUGACCAAUGACGUGGUGUUUUCAGACCUCGUUCGACCCAUUUGCUUGCCUUCAGCAGAGGUUCCGAGAAGUGAAGCCUCCAAUUCAGAGCUAAUCGUUGCGGGAUAUGAAGGACCGUCAUUCACCAGAAGGGAAAAACAGACUCAGAGGUUGGGUAAACGCAUUAAAAUGGGAUACACUAGAAUUGACAGCAAGGAGUGCAAUUCCAAGCAGGCCGACUUUCCGGAGGAGCUGAUUUGUGGCCACUCCGAUAGGAGUUCUCUGUCAGGAUCUGCUUUGACAGAGGCUUCAGGUACUCCGCGCAAGUUUCAUCUUAUUGGAAUUGCGGUGGCUGGCAUCUUCUCGUCUGAUCUACAUUACCAAGGGUACUUAAACAUUCGGCCCUAUUUAGAUUGGAUCUCAAAGAAUUCCUUGAUGUAGAGAUUAUAUCUAACAUACCAUACCAUAUCGUUUUACAUCGAAAGUUAAAGCGCUUAAAGCUUAUCGAAUAUAUUAUUUCUAAAGCACGUGAACAAUGAAUAUGGCUAACCACCGUAAAACUUGUACUAGUAUUCAAUAUUUUCAGAAACUAAGAACACAAAAUAGGAAAUUUAUUAUUUACUUUCAUCCUCAACCAUGAAAUCUCAUCUAGAAUUAAUUAAACAGAAAUUCCCUAAGUAAGGAAGAUUUUCCAACUUUUCUCAUUAGUAAAAAGAUUUUUAAUUUUUGGCAACCAA